AUGUUAUUUUGUCUUUUAUUUCAAGUGAUGCUGAAUCAAACCUCAGUCACUGAAUUUCUCCUCCUGGGAGUGACAGACAUCCAAGUACUGCAGCCUGUUCUCUUCGUGAUUUUCCUUGCAACUUACAUUGCCAAUGUGGCUGGGAAUGCAGCCAUCCUCAUGGUUGUCACCUCUGAUCCAAGACUCCAUUCUCCUAUGUAUUUUUUCCUGGGAAACCUGUCAUGUCUAGAUAUCUGCUACUCCACGGUGACUCUGCCAAAGAUGCUGGAGAACUUCCUCUCUACACACAAAGCAAUUUCUUUCUUGGGAUGCAUAAGCCAGCUUCAUUUCUUCCACUUCCUGGGCAGCACAGAGGUCAUGUUGCUGGCUGUGAUGGGUUUUGACCGCUUUGUGGCUAUCUGCAAACCACUUCGUUACACUGUUAUCAUGAAUCAUCAGGUCUGUACCCAGAUGGCUGUCACUGUCUGGAUCAUUGGGUUUUUCCAUGCCCUACUGCACUCAGUAAUGACAUCUCGUUUAAACUUCUGUGGUUCCAACCACAUCCAUCACUUCUUCUGCGAUGUUAAGCCAUUGCUCAAGCUGGCCUGUGGGAACACUGAGCUCAAUGAGUGGCUACUUCAUACUGUCACAGAGACCAUUGCCAUGGGCUCAUUCUUUCUAAUUCUUCUCUCCUAUUUCUACAUUAUUAUCUAUCUUUUCUUCAAGACUCAUUCUUGCAGCAUGCUUCGUAAAGCACUGUCUACUUGUGCCUCCCACUUCAUGUUGGUUGUUCUUUUAUUUGGUCCUGUUUUUUUCAUUUACAUUCGUCCUGCCUCGGGUAGCUCCAUGGACCAGGACCGGACUGUUGCCAUUAUGUACAGUGUGGUCACUCCUGUACUAAACCCACUGAUCUAUACUCUGAGGAACAAGGAAGUAAAGGGGGCCUUGAAAAGGGUGAUCAGAAGGAGGCCCUGA